AUGCGGAGCACCCUCAGUGUCGUCUUACUUCUUGUCGUCCCGUUGGCACUCGUUGCUGCGGCACCGCCGCCGCUGCUGCCCUGCGAGGCUUCUACGGAGGACGCGGUAGCACAACACGGUGGCCUCGAUAAACGGAACCCUGCAGCGACUAUUUGGGGCAUUACAAACAUGUGUGUAGCUGGUGGGCGCACUGCACAUGUCACUAUCGAGGAUGUCGAGAACCGGGCGCGACAGUGA